GGUAAGAGACAGGGUGAGAGAAGCAAGCCAGUGCAUUCAUUCAUUCCCAUUAAUUCAUGCGCCACUCUCCUAGCUCUAAAUACAUCCGUCUCCAGUUGUCAAUCGGAUCUCGCCGGUGAAAUACAUCGCUUCCAAGGAUACAGGAGGGAGGAGGAUGGAGCCGGCGAGGUCGUCCUCCGCCGAGACGACGACGACGACGGGCGCCAUCACGGGGCGUCGGCUGCUCCUGCGGAGCUACUCCGCCGGAAGCAGCAGCAGCAGCGGCCGCGUGAGGGAGCGGGUGGUGAGGCUAAGGAGGAGGGCCAGGGAGCACCGUGCGCGCUUCUACAUCGCCCGCCGCUGCCUCCACAUGCUCCUCUGCUGGCACGACGACACCUGAUGGAUAUGCUAUGCUAAGCUAACCGGUGGCCUCGUCGUGCGCCCGAUCCCCGUCGCCAUUAAUUUCCAUGCAGCUCGGCCGGCUAAGUAAGCUCGCUCGCUCGCUCGGCUGAUUAAUCCUCCUCCCUGCUGCGCUGUUGAUUGAUUCCCUGUACAAUCAUAUCAUACAAGCCCGGCGGCCGCCUGUUGAUCGAUCGAGCUUAUGAAUAAUAGCCGAGACAAAAUGUUGUCAACUUCUUGUGUUCAUCGGUUCGGGAUUUGUUUUGUUCUUUUGGCCGCUGAGACCGUUGGUGAUCUACGCAUUACCGCAAUUUCUUCUUCGGCGCUUACUAGUUACUAGUAUGAAUGUAUGAUACUACGACGCGCGUGUAGA